AUGCGGUCUGCACGGCCGGUGAGCCAUGCCCCGCUGCGUCUGCAGCUGCGGUUCGGUGCUACCGCGGCGCCGCCUCUUUCAUACGACAAGCUCCGCCAGACAUGGGAGAAUCAUACCCGAUCCUUGUAUACCUUUUUCGAUGAGCCCCUCUUGAUUGUCGAGGCGCGCCGAGCCGUCCUUACCGAUUACCAAGGCCGGGAAUACAUUGACUUUUAUAACAACGUCCAUCAGAUCGGCCACAGUGAUGCGCGCGUGGCAGAGGCCGUCUAUGCUCAGAUGCUCAAGAGCUCACUCUCGACUCGCUUUCUAUCCGAGGUUACGCCCCGGUGCAUGCGCUACUGCGUUUCUGAGCCUCUUUCCUGUCUGGCCUUUAGUUAUAUCGACGCACUCAUCAGCAAGAUGCCCGAAUCACCCACUGGCAAGGGCUGGUCAGUUUUCCUGGUCAACAGUGGCUCUGAAGCCAACGACUUGGCCAUGCAAAUUGCCCGUGACUACACGGGUCGCCAGCGAAUCGUAGCCAUCGAGAACUGCUAUCAUGGCAUCACCUCUGCCAUCAACGAGAUCAACUCAUCCUCCUCCACCGGCAUCAGCGCUAGCAAGGGCAGCGACGCGUCUGCGACUUUGGAAGAGGGCGUGGCGAGCAGCAAGGCGGUACUGGACGGUGAUGGCACGGCAGAAUCCGCUCCCGCAGCCUUCAUCGCCGAGACUGUCCAGGGGGUCGGCGGCAACGUCGACUGGCCCGACGAGUACUUGAAGGAGGUGUUUGACCAUGUGCAGCAAUUGGGGGGCAUCACCAUUGCCGAUGAGGUGCAAACGGGCUUUGGACGCUGCGGCACCUUUUGGGGCUUUGAACGGGAUGGCGUCAUCCCGGAUAUCGUGACAAUGGGCAAGCCGAUCGGCAAUGGUUUUCCCCUGGGCGCGGUAGUUUGUCGUACUGAAUUGGCCGAGGCUAUCGAAGAUGCCAAGCUCUUUUCCACCUUCGGUGGCAACCCCCCCGCUGCUGCCGCUGGCCUGGCCGUGAUGGCUGCGAUUGAAGAAGAUAAUCUCGUUGCUCGCGCCGCCAGUAUGGGCGCCUUCUUGCGCAGCGGUCUCGAAUCGCUUUGUGACGAGCACCCACACGUCUUUGAGCGCGUGACGGGUCGUGGCCUGUUCCUCGGCCUCCACCUGCGCGUGCCGUCAGCUGCCAAGAAACACCCGCACAUGCCGGCCAUUCUGCAAGAGUGUCUGGAUCAUGGUAUUGUUCUUGGCAAGGGUGGCAUUCAUUCACAUGUCCUCCGUUUCAAGCCCCCAUUGUGCAUUGAGGAAGAUCAGAUUUACCGUUGUCUGCAGGUCGUGCGUGAUGUGUGUGUCAAGCUGGCUUGA